GAUACUUACGUCAGCUAAUGUUUUGGUUUUCAGGUCUGUCUGCUAAGCGAGAGGUAAACAUCAACACAGCGUCUGAAAGUUGUCCGUUCUCGGUGAAUUUGCAGCAAAAUCGGACCAAUUUUGCUGCUGAAAGAAUGGGUCGUAUAUUUCUUAACCACAUUGGAGGGACUCGCCUCUUCUCAUGUGCCAGUUGUGAGACCCCCCUCACCAACAGAGCAGAGCUCAUCUCUACAAGGUUUACAGGAGCCACUGGAAGAGCUUUCCUGUUCAACAGAGUCGUGAACCUCAACUACAGUGAAGUGCAGGAUCGUGUCAUGCUGACAGGGCGCCACAUGGUCCGAGAUGUUUCGUGCAAAAACUGUGACGCCAAGCUCGGGUGGAUCUACGAGUUCGCCACCGAGGAGAACCAGAGAUACAAGGAAGGGCGUGUCAUUCUGGAACGUGCUCUCGUCACGGAAAGCGAGGGAUUCGAGGAACACGUUGGCAGUGACAGCUGAGUUUCUGCUGCAGAGAUGCCUCCAAGAUCCCGCGGGAUGGUGACCUGUUGUCAAGGUGGCCAGUCGUCAUGGUAAUCCACUGCCACUCAGGGAAGAAGCAAGCCACUGAUUGGGUACUUCGUUGCUAAUGUAAAUUCCAUCCAUCAAAGUAUUUAUAGACAACCUUGGAUUCGGUACCGUCACCUGUAGGUGUUUCAGCAUUGAACAAAUAUCUAGCCUUUCAGAAGAAUGGUAUCGUAGUAUUCAGGCAAAAGUUGGAAAUUAAGAGACUGUUAUUGUAUUGUUGAAGAAAGAGCCCAAUUAUUUUAUGGCCUUUGAGGAGAAGAUUAAGGACAGAUAAGUUUUCAGGUGGUCAUUUUGCAAAUAGAAAAAAAAUAUAUAAGAACUGAGAUUGCGAUCAAGUCUUUGUUUGAAAUGUAUGUUAUGAUGUUGUAUGUUAAGAUUUUACACUACAUAAUAGGAUUUCAAAUUAGAGCUCUUCUCGUGAGAAACUGUAGAGUAUGUCUGUAAGGCUUUCUUUUUUCUACUGAUGUGAAGAGUCUGCAACAAAAGCCCACAACACAGCCAAUGGAUGACAUAGUUGGCUGAGCUCAAGAUAAGCUUUUGGUGUUGUGGGUAUUUUACCCAUGCCUUUUUUAAAUCAUUGGGUAUCAGUAAUUCUAUCUUGGUAUUCAAAUUUCUGUUACCUACUAGUUUUUACACAUGUGGGUAUUU